GCACUGAACAAGAAACGGAAUUAAAAUUCUGAGAAAUGUGUAUAGCGGCGUUCGUGUGGCAGUGUCACCCACGCUACCCUUUCCUCCUCCUGCUCAACCGAGACGAAUAUUUCAACCGGGGAACGGCUCCGUUGGCUUGGUGGGAUGACAACAACAGGAUUUUGGGUGGAAGAGAUGCGGUGGAAGGUGGGACAUGGAUGGCUUGUUCCAAGGAUGGUAAAGUGGCGCUUCUCACUAAUGUCAGAGAGCUCAAGAGACUUGAGAAAUGCAAGAGCAGAGGACAUCUCCCAUCUCGUUUCUUAUCGGGAAAAAAGAGUCCGAUGGAGUUCGCAGAGGAAGUUGUUGAGGAGGCAGAUCAGUACAACGGUUUUAAUCUGAUAUUGGCUGAUCUUCGUUCUAAGACCAUGCUUUAUGUAACCAACAGACCAAAGGAAGAAAAAAAGUUUGUCACUGAGGUUUCACCGGGGAUUCAUGUAUUGACAAAUGAUGCAAUGCUUGAUUCUCCUUGGCCUAAGUCUCAACGACUUGGCAAUAGUUUCAAAGAGGUGCUAAACAAGUACGGAGAUGAUGAAGUUUCGUUAAAGGAAAUGGCUGUACAACUAAUGACAGACACGACUAGAGAUGACAGAAGCCUGCUACCUUGCAUUUAUUCUCCAGAAGUAGAAUAUGAACUAAGUUCCAUAUUUAUUGCUUAUGCCCGUGAAUUGGGUUGUUAUGGUACUAGAAGCACUGAUGCUGUGUCUGUCAAUACAACUGGGGAAGUCACCUUUUAUGAGAGAUACAUAGCUGGGGAUUGGUAUGAAAGGACCGAGACCUUCCUGAUGAAUGAGACGGAAAAUGAGUGAAUGCAAAGUUAAUAAGCCAAAAUGCACUCAGAUUUAAAGGGAGGAUAUAAUAGCUGCAAGUUAUAAACAAGAGUAGAAUACAUUGAAACAAUUGUUUGAAGUCUGAGGUGUUACCUGCAAGACAGGCCGCCAGGACAUGGAGUAGGGCAGCCGCAGGUAUCGUUGCAGGUGGUGAGUCUUGCACCUCCCAGUGUAGCCAUUUCUUUUUCUUCUUCUUGGUUUCUUUGAUUGUGAGAGCUUCCGAAGCACUGUUCAUUUUCAUUUAUAGUACUAGUACUGGUCUGAUGGCAAUGCAUUUGUGAUGCCAAUUGGCACAAGCGGUCUUAAUACAGACAUCAAGUGUGAUAUUGUAGUGAAUGAAGUUUUCAAGUGCAGUCGAGGUGGCGAAUUUUUUUCAUGCAUUUUU